AUGGAUCUCUGCAUUCGACUCAACAUGCUUCGCAAUCUGGUGAUCGUGCUCCUCGCCACGUCUGUGGCUGGCGUUUACAAAUGUCCCCAAGACUCUGGAGUCAUCACCAUCCGCGACGAGGAUGCCACCGCGGCCAUGAUUGCGGGGGGCACCAGCGCAGGUCGCUCGGGGUGGCCAGCAACAUUCCAGAACCAACCAAUCGAGGACGAGGAACCCGUGAUUUUCAGCAACGAAGCCGACCAUCGCUGCUUCGACCGGCGGCUUACUCUGCUCCAGUACCCAGUCCACGAGAACGGCACGGUGUUCCCUAAGAACGGCGGCGAGACGGCCUGGUGGGCGAGGUACGGGACGCGCGCUGUGUACACGGAGGAUGGGAAGUCGUUGUGCGGCGUCAUGACGCACCUGCCGCGGCCAAAAUGGCCCACAAUUUGCCAGUGCGAGCGCUAUCGCGGGUGCGACUAUUUCGCGGGCUAG